UUGGUCGUCGUCUACCCUUACAUCACAUGAGUAUCCUCCAAGUGUGCUAUUUUUACGUCGUUUUUCACGACAAAUCAAGACGACAAUAUUCAACCACAGUGACAAAGUAAAAAACUAACAUCCUUAAAUGUGUUUUUUAAGUAGAAGAAUGUGCAAAAGUCUUGGUUGAGACAUAGUGGUGGAGUUUUGAUCGUAGUUUUUGGAACACAAUCGAUGGACUUCCUCGAGUGUUUGAAAUUGUACUGCCUGAAGAUUUUGAGACGACCAUUUGGCAAUGGAUUCUUGGUCAAACUACGGAAUGAAAUGGGUCCUAAAGCUAUUAUUAAAGGGGUGUUCCUGACUAUGGUGUUAGGAUUGUUCGCUCUCACAUUUGGUUCUCUUUUGAUCGUCAUUGAUCCUUACGACAUUAUUUUCAAAAUGAAAGUUCGAAUGAGUGAAGGCUCAGAGACAUUCGAGAUGUGGAAGAAACCUCCCAUUAAGCUGGUCCUGAAAGUGUACUUGUUUAAUGUAACCAACCAAGAUGAGUACAUGAGCGGCAAAGACGAAAAACUCAAGUUCGAGCAAGUCGGCCCUUACGCCUACAGCGAAGACAUGUCGCAUGGCAAUGUGUCAUUCAAUGCUAAUGGCACCAUGAAUGCCAUUCCCUUGCAUCCCCUCACAUGGCUCCCAGAACUGAGCAACGGGACUGAGGAAGACUUGCUCAUCUUGCCGAACAUCGCCCUCUUGAGCAUAGCAAAUGUGAUGAACGAUGCAGCAUUUUUCACCAGGAUGGGAUUGAACCUUCUGAUCAGGCAGACAAACUCUCAGCCCCUUGUAAAGAUGACAGCCAAAGAAUUCAUGUUUGGAUACAAGAGCACACUUUUGUCUCUCGGCAACAAAUUCAUGCCUUCUUGGAUUUCAUUUGACAAACUUGGCCUUAUUGAUAGAAUGUACAACUUCAAGGGUGACACAAGUACAGUUUUCACAGGAGAGAAUGAUCUUAGCCUCAGUGGAUUGUUUGACAAUUACAACGGACUGCCGUAUCUGCCACAGUGGGAAGGCGCUCCUUGCAAUGCCGUCAGCGGCGCAAGCGAUGGCACCAAGUUCCCAGCUCUCAUCAAACCCAACGACACCAUUUUGUUUUUCCGAAAAUCUCUCUGCCGUUCCAUGCCUCUGGUCAGAGUGGGAGAGGAGUAUCGGCAGGGCAUCAACGGCUAUCGCUACGUGUUCCGAAAGCAAGCUCUAGACAAUGGACACAACGACACAUCCAACAAAUGUUUUUGUCGCAAAGGCAAUUGCCUUCCUGCUGGUCUUAUUGAUGUGACCGACUGCUACUAUGGGUUCCCUAUUGCACUAUCUUACCCUCACUUCAUGGACGGAGACGAGGAGCUUGUAAACAAUGUUGAAGGGAUUCACCCUGACCCGAAUCUCCAUAGCACAUUCUUUGUCAUUAAUCCAGAGUCAGGUUUGCCUCUUCAACUGUCCGUCAAGAUGCAGAUUAACAUGGCUCUGGGAGACCUCAGCAGCAUUGCCAACAGCAAACUCUUCAGUCAUCUUGUGCUGCCUAUGCUGUGGACUGACAUUUAUUUUGAUGGACUACCGACAAGUCUGGCAGCCAAGUUCUACAUCUACCUGAGGGUGGGUCCGAUCGCACAGAUGGUCUUUACUUAUCUCUUCCUCAUCUGCGGGGUCGCUUUCAUGCUGUUGAGUCUAUCUUCAGCUUUCUGCCUGCCUCGAGAGUUGAAACUGUCAGAUCCGACCUCCAUUUGGAGAGAAGACAAGUUCAGACACGACGUUGUGGAGAAGGAGAUGAACAAACAGAGGUUGAAAGACGUGACAAACACAAAGGAGAUGGAGGUGUUCUACUGCUCCUUGCUGCGAUCCUCCGCUCAGACUGAGGACGAGGAUGACUCCGUGUUACAGAGGACGCUUGACAGCUUUGAGGAGGUCAAAGUUUGAGUCUCGGCGGGCCGUUUACUCUAACUUAUAGUUUCUCCUGCGUACGGACGGAAUCUGUACGGACCUAGUCAUUCUCAAAGCUGCCACCGGCAGAGCAUCUCCUAACACGUUCCGUCGGUGUAGAACGUAUUUUAUCUCUCCUGAUGCUCGGCCGGUGCGGGAGGUUGUAAAUAUGUCCUGUUAACGAGCGAGUUCAUACCUGUGCACGGAACAUCACAGAGACUUUGAAGCCCGCUGUGUGAUAGUGUCCGACGUUUUAAAGUUACAACAAUUAACGUCGUAUUUAGUGUUUUAGCUCGCUAUUACUUGUGAUAUCUUAGUUUUAAGACGCAUACAAUAUACGAAUCUUAACAGAUUUCAUUUUAUAUUGAACAUUUUAAUAAGAGUUAAUAUUUUUUAUAACGUUCAAGAUGGGUUUGCUGAGAAGCAAAAUGUUUAUUAGUUUAUGUCAUUGAGCUUGAUAUAUCAUAGAUAUUUUUAAAAGUUGUACAUAUAAAAUAAGUUUGAUUCAUGUUUGUUUACAACACACAAAUAUAAUUACCCUAAGCUGCCUAAGCUGAGAAAAUACAAUCUGUGAUUUUAACACUUACAAAAAAACAAAAACAAAAAAAUAGAAAGUGACAUAUAUCCUUAGAACAUAGAUAUGUAGCACAUCUUGCAUACUGAAUAUGUUUUAAUAUUGUAUUUGUAUUUUUAUAAAUUUCACGGGGUAACUACAAGGAAAUGUACAGUUAAAGUAACCCUUUGUAUUCAAGACAAUUGACCUCAAAAUAUAUCUGAUUAAUUCAAAUACCUAUGUUAUUUGUGAGCAAAACAGAAAGUUAAAUUUCUCAGUUUAGUAAUGUGCAGAUAAUUUUAGCUUUCUAAACGUUAAUUUUAAAUUAAUAUUUUGCAAAAUAUAAAAAAACCUCCAGGGAUAAUGAUUUACAAUUCAUACUGCCCUACUUUUAUGGCUCGUUCUCCUUCAAAAUUUUAUGUAUUUACAGUCAUUUUUAUAUAAAAGUAUUUUGUCCACUUUCGAACAUUAUGCUUUCGAGCUAAUACCAUAAAAUAUUUUAAAAUCUAGAUUUAGUGUUUCAAUUAAUAGAAUGUACCUGUUCACCAAAGUUUUAAUCUUGAUUGAUUCUUUGUACAAAGUAGAAAAACUGAUUCAACUAAGUUGAGUGUAAUCUUCUAAGUUCUAUUAAAAAGAUAUUGCAAACAAAAGCUAAAUGAUGCAACUUAUUCUAUUUUAACACCUCACCUCCCCUUUUUGAGUUCUAAUAAUGUCAAAAUAACACUCUAUAGCAUGACCUGUGGAGCACCAUAGCAAAAGUCUGUGAAAUAAAAAAAAAAACACAAAACCUUUUUUAUAAUCAUUGUAUUUUAACCGCUCUUACAAAUAAAAUUUAUGCAAACCAUCAGGAGCAGAAUUGGGAGAAUUUUACAAAUGAUUUGAUACUUAAACAUAUA